AUGUCAGAACAGCCACAGCUGGGUCCUCCGCCUGACCGCAAAAAAAUGCUGGCACCACCACCUGGCAACGCCCAGUCCACACUCUUCCCCAGCAUAAACUCGGCCCAACGAGCAUCAGGCUCACGAGCUAUCAGCGGUCCUCAACCAGCGGCCGCGGCUCGUCGUAAAAAAGUAGCCCUCCAACCAGGCCACUCGGCGCUUGACUGGGCCAAUCUUCGAAAUUCGGGGGCUAAUCUCAGGGUAGGUACCUGUUCGCCUCCGGCGGCUGGGGCUGCGCCCCAGACCCCGCUGCUCCUCUCGCUGCGCUCGAGUCGGGUUUCGGGCGUCCCCUUUAAAGGUUCUCGGGGUCUUUCUGAUGCCUCGGGUGACGACUCGAGCGGAGCGAGAGGAGCUACGGGGUCUGGGGCGGAGCCUCAGCCGACGGAGGCACACUCCCCAGUCCCGUAUAGUGAUACUAACAGGUUUUCAGGGAGUUGA